GUGGUUGUGCUUUUGUGUUCGAUGUUCAAGUUCAUACUAUGUAUUAUUUUGGAUUUAAAUCCAAUUAAAAAACGAAUUAUAAUAAAGAAUAGAUAAACUUGUAUGUUACAAAUACUUUACUUAAACUAUUCAAAAAAAAUUACCAUUACUAACUAAUAACCAUAAUAUUAUACGGCUUGCAAAUACAAUGGACUGUUUUGCAGUUUUGUCGAUAUUUCAAUACUUAUUUACAUUUAUUGAAUGGCAGGUUGACCUACUAAGAUUGGUUUUGUGACCUAAAACUUCCAGUUUGAUUCAAAUUUUAUACAGUGUGGCACGCAUCAUUAUUUGGAUACUGAUGACACAGUAGUAUAAAAAAUCCUUACCGAAUUAUUUCAUUUGUUGUUGCGAAAUGGCAAAAAUGUCUGAUAUGGCAGUAAAGAAACUGACGGGAAGUUGACAAUGGAUGAUGAAUAUGUCCAUUUUUCCCCAAAAGUGUCUCAAUACAAUAAAGUAACCAAAAAGUAUCCAUUUAGGAACAGCCCAGAGAAGUUAACAUUUACUGGUAACUUUACAUCAUGGAAUCGGCAAUUUUAUAUAUCUAAAUCAGAAAAACAUAAUAGUUUGCGCUUAGACAUUUUAAAUACAGUGAUGAAGAGAACUGAGUCCAGAAUGUCACAACAAAAGGCCUUGGAGAAUCUUCCAGAUGAUAAUACUUUAUAUGAGGAUCCGAAAGAUUUAAUAGUGAAUCGACCAGCAAAACCUCCUCGAAAGCGAAACAUGCAUGCCAAUUCUGGCAAAGAAGCCAAAGUGUUACUCAAGGAGCAAAAGAAGAAACUCGGCAAAAAGUAUGAAGGUCUUAUUACUGCUCUGAUGGAUAGAUGUGAAGAGAAUGUUGUUGCAAUAUCUGAAAAAGAUGCACACAUAGCAAAAUUGAAAGAAAAACUAAAAGCUGUCUUAGAAUACAAUAAACUUUUCGCCGGUGAAAAUGACCGUCUCAAGUGCGAACACGCAACUCUAGUCAAGUACGCAGAAGAGUGUAAAAGAGUGAUUAAAGAAGAAAGGGAGAGGAACGCCGAUUUGCAGAGCAAAUGUAAGAAUUUGCAGGAGAGAGUGAAACAAUUUGAAAUACCCGAUAAAGAGCAAUCCGAGCCCUCCACAGCCAUUCCCCUAGUCGAAGUAUGUAUGAACUGCAGCAGCAGGCAGAUCGUGUUAAACCAAGUCCGCGAACAGAACUCUCGCCUGCAGAAAGAUAUGCAAGCUCUUAAGGAUGUAUUGUACAGGCUAAACGUGCAGCUCUCCCGCUACCAAGAGAAAUUACGCAGCAACGCACCAACGUUAUCCACAGAUAACAAAGCUACGGACAAGUACGAAUGCUUGGAUUCACUCAUCAGACUAGACCACAGACGAGAGUCUGGAACCGAAGAUUCUGCAGCAAAGAAAGAAAGUCACGAAGAAAGCCACACGAAACUCGUAGAUCUAUCCGGACUGCUGAGCGCACAAGCAUUAGCACCUCUGUUUGACGCAUAUCAAGAAAAUCUUCAAGAAAAAGACAAUCUUAUUUUAGAUUAUGAAAAGCAAUUUGAGAAUAUAAACAAGAAGUCCAAACAAGUAAUUAGUGAGAAUAAAUCUUUGAGCGACAAAGUCGAGGCUUUAGAAAACGAGCUGCAGCAUGUGAGACAGAGCUAUAAGAGAAUCAUAGUGGAGAAAGAAACGACAGAUAUUGAAAAUUCGACUUUGACCGAAAGGGCAGAGCGAGCAGAGUCAAAGUUAAAAGAAGUAUAUGAGUUGUAUGAAGAUAAAAUAGCAGCAAUGAUGCGCGACUACGAAACGGUCCAUCGUGAGUACUUCGCCGUGAAAAAUGCUCUGGAAGCUUCUGCUGGGAAGAUAUCGCAACUGGAUGCGAUGCGUGCCAGGACUGUACCAGCAGAUUUGCAUGAACGAAGAUUGGACCAUUGCAAACGGUUAUUAGAAGAGCUAAAACAUCAGUACUCGAUGGAAAACGAACGGAAGACGGAACAAUUAAAGAAGCUACAAGAAGAUUUUAGGAGCACACAGGAGAAGUAUAAUAAGAUUUGUCAAGAGCACGAGGCUGUAAAGGAAGAGUUGAGGACCGCAUUAAAAAAUGUCAAAUUGUACCGCCGGGCCGCUGUAAUAUUCCGACACCGAGCCCGCACGGCUGCGGCCACAGCCACCCGCGUGCGUCGCUCUGUACGCACCAAGCGUACAAACAACGAGCCGUUACGGCACGCGCUGUACGCACUCGACAGGAUCAAGAAUGAGAUAAAGACAGUCAAAUCUCGCGCAUACACGUCUCUCGAAGAAUUGGAGCGUCGCAUAGUGGAACAAGAGAGGCGAGCAGCUCACGCCCAGGCUGAGUACCGGCGGGAGCUGGAGAGAGCUUCCCUCGCCUUGGAACACAAGGAGGGCAUUAUCAGGAGCCUUAUAGACAAGGUGGCUGAUGUGGAGGAAGUAAGAUUGAGUCAAACCAACACCCACCGUCUGCAAGGCAUUGUGAUGGAUUCAUCGUCUGAAUCAGCUUCAACAAAGGAGAAAGAAAAGAAAGAAUCUAAAGCUCCUGUCAAACUAGUCCCGGUUUCAAGCGGCUAUUUUC